AUGACUACCCAGUCUGCACUCGACCACAGCGAUCCUACUACUCACCGACGAAUCGCCGCUGAUCCUCCAACAUCGCGUGAUCAUAACGAGACGCCUGUCACUUCAGACCCCGAGUCUCAACGGGGCAUCAUGACCAGCUCUCCUCGCGCUGAUCAGGGUGAAAGGGAUCUCGCAGAGUUUCGAGCGCUCGUAGAGGAGAACCGUCGAGUUAUCGCGUCAGUAAAUACAGGGAGCUCAAGUACAAGCGCCUCACCUCCAUAUUCCGGUGUGAUCUUCGGCUUCUCCCCAACUAUACUUAAUCGCGGGUGCGCAGAUUCACCUUCUCUCAUCGCAAAAGAAGCCAAAGACGCGUCUCAUCUAUCCUGGAAAUCUGCGGAAGCUACUAGAGCCCGGAAAGAGAAUCUACUCUACAAGGCAGACAAGGAGUAUAAGGCUGUCAAAGUUGAUCAGAUUCCAUCCACUGGCGAGCGAAACAGCCUGAAGCGUAAGAGGGAUUGUCUCGAGGUGGAACUCAAGGUGGCAAUACUCCAGGAGAAGAGCUGUAGAGAGCUCCACAGGAAGCUCGAUUAUCUCUCCUACCAGGUUCAAUCCCAGGGCCCGGGCCAGGAUGCGCAAUUUCCCUCGGCUUUGACCGGCAAGCUCACCCCGGCCGAGAUUAAUGCUCGUAGCGACGUCUACCGUCUUGAGAAACGUCGGCGCAGUCAACUCCCUUAG